AUGGACAAGCUCGUGAAAGAGCUUGCCGACGCCCAUGCCUCUGGCAAUGGCCAGGCCCUUCUCGAUCCUUAUCCGAGCCUCCAGGCCCUCUUUCACCCCUUGGCCCAAUGCAUACGACGCGGUGAUCUUCACUCAUUUGACGUGGCGCUCGAAGAACACGAGGAGGUGUUUGUCAAGCUUAGGAUAUACCUAGCGCUCGAACGUGGGCGCGAUAUCGCCUUGAGAAAUCUAUUUCGGAAAGUAUUCAUCGCGGGUGGAUUUGAAGAGGCUAAAGAGCAAGGCGCGACCCCGCUUAGGCGCACGCGUGUCCCGGUUGCGGAGUUCCAGGCGGCUAUCAAUCUCAAGUCGGAGGGUGAUAGGAUUGAUACCGACGAAGUGGAGUGCUUUUUGGCAAAUAUGAUUUACAAGAACCUGAUGAAGGGAUACAUUGCGCGAGACCGAGGAAUGGUGGUCUUGUCAAAGAACGGUGCUUUUCCCGGCACUGGGGUCUAA